AUGACCUCCGAAGACGUUGAUGAGUUCUUGUACCCUAUCGUUAAGGUCGCCAGCCCGGUGAAAAACCAGCACCAACUCUUCAAUCGCUACAGCAUGUCUUUAGACCACAAUACUGCAUUCCUCUGGCAUGACACCAUCAAUUCUAUUGGACUCGAAAGACACAUGACGGAUCAGGGUGCAUCGUGGCUCACCACAAAUUUGGAUGACCCCCAGAGCGGACAUGUAUUUUACGUACAUCAUGCAACUGAAGACAAGUUGCAGUUCUUUCAGGACAUGACGCGUUUCCAGUACAACAACCCUGUCGUUUCCGACGACGCUCUUGCACAGAUGGCUUACGAGGCCAUCUUGGCAGAUAUGCUCGACUCACCGGCAGUCUCGGUUGCUUCAAUCAACGAUGCAGCUGAUGACUUCACCUACUUAUCAUGGCGCUGCAUGAGAAUAUUUUACGAGAAUUGCAGCGAGAAAGUCCGUUUGUUGGCGAAGAGCUUCGCCUCAAAAUGCCAUAUCGAGGCCGGUGCUGGCCCCACCUCACAACCCUCUUCCUCCAUUCGUUCUUUCGACAUUGACCUCACAGAUACAACGCACUACAACGAGCAAAGGGGAUCAUACAUCGAGGCGACCUUUAACGAAAUCUCUUCUCUCCGACACGUCUGCGUUAUCUGCAGGGCUCAAGGAAGCAACACUUAUCAUGGGAAGUACAGCGACUACCACGGUGUCGAUUUCAUCAUGCUUUUAUAA